ACCUGCGAGCAGGAUUGUGACUGCUAAAUAUCCGAGUAUUCUCCGAAGCUGUGCAGAUGAUUCUGAUUUUGCUUCCUUUGUGGUUCUUGUUUGUAUUUCGGGAGAAUUCGCUUUUCCAGCGUCCAGCAGCUGGGAGAAGCAGAUGAGCUGGCUCCGUGAGUUAAAGAUCUGGCUGUGAGGAACCCACGGGGAGGUAGAGGAACACAGCGGACAACUCAUUUCUCUCUAACAUCCUUGGAAGCCGAGGAGGAGGCAGAAUAGAGCUGGAUUGGAUUGCACAUACCCUCUUGCCGCUGUGUGUGUGUGUGUGUGUGUGUGUGUGUGUGUGUGUGUGCGUGCGUGCGUGUGUGUGUGUGUCUAAGUGUGUGAGCUGAUAAUAGCAGCCCCAUUUGUAUUCAGCGGAGGGAGCUCCAGGAUCUCGCUGCGCCUUUCCCCAGGAUGGGAUCACAGAGCAGGGAUUGUGCUCGCCUGUGGAAUGCCCCGCUGAAAUGGAUCUAAAGGCUCUCAGAGAUGGACACCAAAAUGGACAGCAUGGACGCCAGCAGAGACCCUUCAGUGACUCGGUUUCCAGACCUUACUGCAUCCGACUUUGUCAGCCAUCAGCCUAAACCACCCCAGCGAGGACUGAACUUGCAGAGUUGAAACUGGACGAGCUCCACUGAGAUCCCCCAGAGCUUCAAUAGGAAGUACAGAAAAGCAGAGAAAGAGGAGCCCCAAAGGAGUUGACUUACAAACCAGUCCACCUGUUGAGUGUCUGAUUGAGCUUCAUUGACUUAUGGCUGCAGCGAUGCUUGAAAAAUGGUAUGGAGCUUUCAGACAUGUCCGGAUUUAUCGCCUGGAUAUCCUAUCGAGAUUACGACACUUUAGUGCACACCUCAGAGCCGGACCACUUUUCCAGAUUGGCUUGUGGGCAAAAGCAAGUAAUUGAAAAUCCCCCCUUGAGACGCUCUUUCUUCUGAUUUGUUGUGGGAGAGAUUUUUUUUUUUUUUUGGAAGGACCCCUUUCAAACCUCCCUCUCUGUAUCCCACAUUUCCCCCUUCUUCCUUUUUUCACCAUCUUUCUCCCACAUUGUGAGAAAUACAUUAUGAAGCAGCGCCAUUCUUCUUCAUCCCCCCUCGGUGACGGAGAGAGAGGAGGGACAGACUGUCCAGAAUAGAUAACGAGCAAGGAGACUGGCACAGGGGAGAGGAGAAGGAGAGAAAAUAGAGGGAAACAGGUAGAGGGAAAGAAGAUAACAGAGAAGAGGGCAAAUAAAGAAGGAAAAUAGUAAAUUUACUUGGACUGUUGGUAAUCCUCUUGGAGACUUGAAGCCUUUCUCUGAUUUGUCUGUGCUCUGUUGGAGGCUAGUUAGCGCAAUGGGCAGGGGAGGGGUCAGGAUUUACACCAGGGGGGGCACUUGAGCAGAAGAGUAGGCUUAUGUCCCCCCUGCACCCGCCUGGUUUGUAUCUUAGUGUUUGGCAGGAAGACAGACUGAAAGAUGUCCUGGUAAACAGACAGCUACUCUGAAUGACAGACAAGCUCUGGGGCUGGUGAGACAGACAGGAAGAGAGGAAGACAGGUACACAGCCGAUUCCAAGUGUCAGGCAGAGAGCCAGGCAGACAUCCAGUGUCGGCACAGUAGACGGCGUGCGAUUCAUUGUCAUUCUAUGCAGCCUGCAAGGAAGAGACAGAGAGAGGGGAAGAAAGCAGAGACAGGAAGAGACAAGAGGAACAUCCCUGUGUUUGUAGCUUGUGGAGAAUCUCGCUUCAUCUGCAUCCACCUCAGUCAAGAGCCCAUGCAGUGAAAAAAACAGGCAGUGAGGGAGGGGGCUGUUACUGGAAAGGAAAGGAAAGACAGGUUGAAGAGAGCGAGAGAGGGAGAGAGAGAGAGAGAGAGGCAGAGAAACAGAGGGAGAGAGCAGGUGUCGGAAAUCCUCCCCUUCAUCUGCUUGUCAUUUACUCCUUUAUGUUCUCUCGUCGUCUGGCGUGGUGAUUGGUUUUCUGAUGCCCGCGUUCCUCUGCUCAUAGCCUCCCACAACCCCACACCACCACACAACCCCUUCCACCCCUCCUCAAUCCUGAGGAAAAACAAAAGGUGGGCAGACAGAGUAAGAGCAGAAAAAGACAGCAUAAAAGGAAAGGUGGAGCCCUGUUGUGAUUGACUAAUUUUUCACCCCAUUUCUUUUCUUAUUUGUCCAGACGGGCUCUUGUUAUAUCUUUGCUUCUUGUUUUUUUUUCUUGUUUUUUCCUCCAAGUAAGAGAAGAAAAACACCGGCCCAAUCAAUCCCUCGUUCUCCUUGUAGACAGAAUUGAACCUCUCCUUUCAUCAAGUGUCGAUUUUUUCCUGCCUUGUCCUAAAGGGAUUAUUUUCUCUAUCUUAGUAUAAACACUGGAAUCAUCCAGGUUCCUUCUAUAUGUCUUCAGCCUUCAAUGACACAGUGUGGACCCCUCUGACUCCCCCUUGACAUCCCCCUCUCCUCCACAACUGAAGUGCUGAAACCCCUUGGUCUCACAUCUCAAUGCCUGUGUUGACUCACUACUACAGCGAUAAUAUGGCACAGCGCAUCUGAUAACGUCUGAUUCAUUCUGUGGUGGUACAGGCAGCCAGCAGACCGUUCUCCAUGAGGAGCAGUAGAAGAUGCCGGCUCUGCCAGCACUGCUGCUGUCAAUACGCUUCCUCUCCUUCCUGCUAGUCACCAUGCCGCCACGCUCCCUCAGUCAGGCCCCCCUGCUCUCCUCCGUCCGCAUGGCGGCAAUCCUGGACGACCAGUCUGUGUGUGGGCGUGGGGAGCGUCUGGCGCUGGCUCUGGCCAGGGAGAACAUCAACAGUGUAAUGGAGGGUCCAGCGCGAGCCCGAGUGGAGGUGGACAUAUACGAGCUGCAGAAAGACUCUCAGUAUGACACAACUGACACCAUGUGUCAGAUUCUACCCAAAGGCGUCGUCUCUGUGAUAGGUCCCGCCUCCAGCCCCGCCUCUGGCUCUACUGUCAGUCAUAUAUGUGGAGAGAAGGAGAUCCCUCAUGUAAAGAUUGGUCCAGAGGAAACGCCCCGCUUGCCAUACCUGCGCUUUGCUUCUGUCACCCUGUACCCAAGCAACGAGGACUUGAGCCUGGCCAUAGGAGCCAUAUUGCGCUCAUUCAGUUACCCCUCGGCCAGCCUGGUCUGUGCCAAGGCUGAGUGCCUGCUGAGAUUGGAGGAACUGGUGCGCCGCUUCCUCAUCUCCCGGGAGACGCUGUCAAUCAGGAUGCUGGAUGACAACCUGGACCCUACACCGCUGCUGAAGGAGAUCCGUGAUGACAAAGUGGCCACCAUCAUCAUAGACGCCAAUGCUUCUGUCUCCUAUCUCAUUCUCAAGAAGGCGUCAGAGCUCGGGAUGACAUCAGCAUUUUACAAGUACAUCCUCACCACAAUGGACUUCCCGCUACUGAGACUUGAUGAUAUCGUGGAUGAGCAGUCCAACAUUGUGGGUUUCUCCAUGUUCAACACCACCCAUCCCUUCUAUUUGGAGUUCAUCAGGAGCCUCAACCUCUCCUGGAGGGAGGGCUGUGACCUGACGUACCCCGGCCCCGCGCUCUCUUCAGCGCUGAUGUUUGAUGCGGUGCAUGUGGUGGUUGGGGCCGUGAGGGAAUUGAACCGCAGUCAGGAAAUCGGAGUGAAGCCGCUCAGCUGCACCUCGCCUCAGAUCUGGCAACACGGGACCAGUCUUAUGAACUACCUGCGCAUGGUGGAGUACGAUGGUCUGACUGGCCGUGUGGAGUUCAACAGCAAAGGUCAGAGGACCAACUACACCCUGAGGAUCCUGGAGAAGCACCGAGGAGGCCACAAAGAGAUUGGGAUCUGGUAUUCCAACAACACACUGGCAAUGAACUCCACCAGCCUGGAUAUCAAUGUGUCAGAAACGCUGGCAAACAAGACCCUCAUUGUCACCACCAUCCUGGAGAACCCGUAUGUGAUGCGCAAAGACAACUACCAGGACUUUCAGGGCAAUGACCAGUAUGAGGGCUUCUGCGUCGACAUGCUGAGGGAGCUGGCAGAAAUCUUAAAAUUCUCCUUCAAGAUCAAGCUGGUGGAUGAUGGGCUGUACGGCGCUCCAGAGCCCAACGGCUCUUGGACUGGCAUGGUUGGAGAGCUAAUCAACAGGAAAGCAGACCUGGCCGUGGCCGGCUUCACCAUCACGUCGGAGAGGGAGAAAGUUAUCGACUUCUCCAAGCCGUUCAUGACCCUGGGGAUCAGCAUCUUGUACCGAGUUCAGCUGGGUCGGAAGCCAGGUUACUUCUCCUUCCUUGAUCCUUUCUCUCCGGCUGUCUGGCUCUUCAUGCUGCUCGCCUACCUGGCUGUCAGCUGCGUGCUCUUCCUGGCUGCAAGGCUGAGUCCGUACGAGUGGUACAACCCUCACCCGUGUCUGAGGGAGCGCAGGGACAUGUUGGAGAACCAGUACACCCUGGGAAACAGCCUGUGGUUCCCUGUAGGAGGUUUCAUGCAGCAGGGAUCAGAAAUUAUGCCCAGAGCCCUGUCCACCAGAUGUGUUAGUGGAGUGUGGUGGGCUUUCACGCUGAUCAUCAUCUCCUCCUACACGGCCAACCUGGCAGCCUUCCUGACCGUGCAGAGGAUGGAGGUCCCCAUCGAGUCUCCAGACGACUUGGCCGACCAGACCAACAUCGAGUACGGCACCAUCCAUGGGGGCAGCACCAUGACGUUCUUCAUGAACUCUAGAUACCAGACCUACCAGCGGAUGUGGAACUACAUGAACUCCAAGCAGCCUAGCGUGUUUGUAAAAAGCACAGAGGAAGGCAUCGCCCGAGUGGUCAACUCCAAGUACGCCUUCCUGAUGGAGAGCACCAUGAACGAAUAUUACCGCGGCCUCAACUGUAAUCUCACAAAGAUUGGAGGCCUGCUGGACACAAAGGGCUACGGCAUCGGCAUGCCACUAGGCUCUCCUUUCAGAGAUGAGAUCACGCUGGCCAUCCUCCAGCUGCAGGAGAAUAACAGGCUGGAGAUACUGAAGAGGAGGUGGUGGGAGGGAGGCCAAUGUCCCAAAGAGGAGGACCACCGUGCCAAGGGUCUUGGCAUGGAAAAUAUUGGGGGCAUUUUUGUGGUGCUGAUCUGUGGCCUCAUCAUUGCGGUGUUUGUGGCCAUAAUGGAAUUUGUGUGGUCGACACGCCGCUCGGCAGAGACCGAUGAGGUAUGCCCCCAUACCUGCCCUCGCCGACCCCACAGACACACCCCAGUGUCUGUCUGUCGGGAAAUGAUCACAGAGUUUCGAAACGCCGUCUCCUGUAAGAAAAGCUCCCGUAUGCGUCGACGUCGGCCCCUCAGCAGCUCUGCAGCCCUACGCCAUCCCACACGCAUCGCUCUGGGCGCCCCUCGGCCUCUGCGCCUGGUCCGGGAGAUGCGCCUCAGCAAUGGCAAGCUCUACAGUGGAGUAGGACCGCUGACAGGUGGAGCCGGAGGUGGAGGAGGAGGAGCAGGAGGGACAAGCCCUUCAGAUCUUGGACCUGGGCCCCAGCGGAUCCUGGAUGAUCCCCUGGGUGCCAACACCACCCCUCCUCCACCAGCCCCGACCCCUGUGAUGCUGCCUGCCCGCAGCUGCACUCACGUAAGAAUCUGCCAGGAGUGUCGGAGGAUCCAGAGCCUGCGGUCAGGCACAACCACAACCAGAAUACCACCCUCAUCAGCACCCCUGCCUAGGCUACCCCCACCCCCACCCCAAUCCUCGUCAAACACAGACAGUGAGGGCGGAGGGGGGCCCAGUCCGAGACGGCUACAUCACAGCCCUCCACCUCACACCCCCAGACCAAUCCAACCGCCACAAAACAACAACACGACAGACCUGCUGGGUGACCAGGAAUGAGGCGCAGGGGGUUGCUGAGGGGUGAUGAGGUGACUGAGGAACAUUUGUGCUGCUGAGAGAAACACUGCUUAAAGAGGGAGAGAUGGAGGGAAUAAAAGUGAAACUCUGCGAGGUGAUAGAGAAUGAGACGACCUUUAAAAGGAGAAUGAACAGGAAAAAUGGUUAACCUUUCUCAAGAUGAGCCUUAGGCCCACGGAUACAGAACUGGCCAAACAGGCUGUGGGAUGGUCAUUAGUAAAUCCUCUCCAGAACAAUUCAGUUUGGACAAAUCUGAGUUGACAUCCUUGUGACCAGCUGAAGGUUUCAGUUUGGCACCUUUUUCCCUCCUUACUCCCCUCUUACCUCACCUUUAGAUAUUUGAGGGUGCUGGUUUUCUUCCACAGACGUGAACCUGGAAGAUGACUCCUCCCUCUAGUAAAAUGAAGCCUUGUUGGAGGACAUACUGUAUCCGUAUGUGAUUUAAAACUAAGCAACUAAAAGACUUCCAGAGAAAUAUUUCCUGUUUUUUUUUCUUUUGUUGUCUUUUUUCUUGUUUUGUUACCAUUGUUCAAAGUGGGAAUUUCAGAGUUAAAUACAGACUAUGUGUGCCAAUAUGGUGGAUUAUAACAUACUAAGAAAUGUAACUCCUGCAUAUUGUGUUUUGUGUCCCUCCCUGUGCCCCACAGCUGCUUCUUGGAGGGAAUCAGAAAAGGUGGAUGAACAACUUACAGGCAACAUAAUGCAAACCGUAGCAGAGGAAACUGUCAGUCUGCGUUUCUUUUACUUUGUGUGAGUGUGUGCGUGCGUGUGUGUGUGUGUGUUCAAAAUGUGUGCUUCAUGUAGGUCUGUCUGUUACUGCUCAAAGUGAGGAGAACCAUGUACCCAGCAACAGCACCCGACUACAAAUGUAAGAUAAUCAGACAGCUACAAAAAGAGGAAAGAGAGAGAGACAGAGACAGAGGAAGGGAGCAAGAGGCUUUGAAAUGUGAAAUUAAUGUCCCUCGUUAUCCUGGUAACGCUUGCCAAGCCUUUACUUCUUUUUCACCUCUGUUCGCACAGCCGAGGAGAGAUAGAGACUGGGCGAGGCAGAGGCAGAGAUAGAGAGGAACAGAAAGAGAGGAGAUAGAAAGAAGCAGAGAGUGAAAAGGACACUACUGAAUCUGAAUGAGAAAUCCCUGACUGAACUACUUCCAUUAUUAGAUCUGUCCUGAUCUGUUAAUUCUGGGCAUCUUUUAAGGGGCUUGUUAAUGCGCCAGCAGGCUGUAGCCGCAGCUUCUUCGCCUCUCUCCGUUUAACACACAGACUUGGCCGUCCACAGUACAGACUCCUGCCAGAGUGAUAGACUCAACACAGCCUUGUCAAUACUGUCUCAAGCUUUUGAUCGCCUAAUUACUCCCCUCGGUGGCUGGGGACUCAUUCAUGAGGGGGGGGCUGAACAUAGGGAAACAUGCUGAUAAAUAUUUUUAGAAGAAAUACGUGUUUUCACUCUGACUGGGAAGCAAAUCGGGUCUCUUUUAAUUAUGUUGUUAAUGUUACAACCCUAACGUUGUGUGAAAAUGCAACUAAAACAAUCUAAACACUGAAGUGCAUCAGCCAUGGUGCUUCAAGGGAAUACACUGGUGGAUUUGCAUGUUUUAGCUUUGUAACUUCAGACUGUGUUCACUUUGUGUUCUUGUUAUUUUAAAGACUAUCAAAGGUUUUUAAACAGACCUCAAAGUAGCCGCUCUGUCACAAGAAGAUGUGCAAACCUGCUUUAGAAAGGCGGCUCAUCAUAAGAAAUAUUUAAGCAUUAGUCCGGUGAACUGUUUUAUUUUUCGUUUCACUAAAUAAUAUUGUAGAAAAGACCAAACACAGAUGAAUGUGUGACUGAUAAGUAGCCAUGGCUUUGUGCUGCGUAUUUACUUAUGCUACCGACCUCCUCUGUUUUGCAAAAAUGAGUGAAAUCAUUCGCACUGAUUGAAGUAUAUUUUUUUAUAUUGAACACAAGGUCUGGCUUUUAUUCAAACAUUAGAAAACAACAGCAAGAGACACUUUAUAUUUUAGGUCAAGGACUACAAACAGUGCCAUAAACAGGCAGGGGAAGGACAGAGACAACUAACACAUUAGAUUUCUUCAUCCAGUACAUAUCAUCAGCCAUUUCCUGUAAGACUUUAUUUUUACACCAUCACCUCCCCACAUUGCUCAUUUGUGGGUAGAUCAAUCAUCUUAUUAAUACAAAUGGAAUCCAGCGCUUAGUUCAGCUGUCCUUUAGGUUCCAAAAAUAAACAGAUUAGAUCAGUUUAAGGUCCAAAACAAUAAAGUGCAAUCAGUGUAUUUACACAAAUAAAGGGCGUGUAUCCGGUUGUACUUGUUCAACCUUUAGUAAAACCUCUGCAGCAAUGCUUUAUUUUCAUGUAUAACGAAACUUCUAUUAAAGAGUUUCCCUGUCAGAUUAUGUAGUAUCUGUGUCAAACAAUCUAAACAGUGUAUUUCCUGAUACUUCCCUCAAUAGCCCGUCAGCCCCUCACUGUAUUUUAUUUUUACUUGACAUCAUAAUCAACUGCUGUAUUAGCAUUAUCUGCACUGCAGGUCACUGACUCAUCAGUGUCUCAGUGUUGAUUGAAUCAGUUACCUAAUCACUUCCCAAAAUAGAGUGACUCAGUACUCACAGGAUGAGGAGUAGUUAUUUAACACCCUUAGGGAUAGUAAGUGUACUUCUUCUUUAACUUGAAGGGUGAUUAAGAAAAACGCUGACAUUUAAGAUUGAAGAUUAAAUUAUUCAACAUUGUCAAUGCAAGCUAUCCUUUUCUCUGUUUCUCUGCUUAUUUUUUUAACCGGAGUUUGAAUGCAUUUAAUGUUUUUUGGAUUAUUCAAUCGAAUCUUGAAAGUCAUCGUUUCCCACUUCCUGAUCGCAACCACACUAACUUUUUUUUAUUUAGCAAAGUCCUCACUUUGCAGCUGGUUUCGAGUGUUUGUUUCCUCAUUAAACACCAAAAUCCUUGUCACUGAUAACCUCUUGAAAUCACUGAGUGUCCUCCCAAAUAUUCUGAGGAAUUAAUGACACAGCAAGGACUUGAUCUCUCACUGGCUUCCCAUUUAUUCAUAUUCUGCAGUAAAAUGAAGUAUAUAGAGGAACAUGCUGAACCACCAGUGUAGCCCUUCAGAUCCACUUGAAAAAUAGUCUUGUCAAAGCAACAUUGCAUAAAUGUAUGAAAUUCAUGGUUGUUUUUUUUUUGCUGUGAAACAGAUUUGCUCAUUUCAUUGUGCAAAUGAUAAUGUAUUUAUAUUGUUUGCACACACUAUGCUGUUUCUUUGAAUGACUGACAGCAGAAGAAGGCCUAGCCUCAAUGCAGCUCUUUCCAUCUGUUUUCUUCUCCUUUUGUGUUCAACUUGCUGACAGAGCAACAGGAGUCACCGUCUUUCUAAGUGUUAUCGCUGUGCAAACUCAUGCUCCUAAACACAUUUUAAUUUCCUCAUCCCUUGUCAUCCAAAGGCUGUAGACCAACUGGUUGUUUAGUUGUUUUCAAGUUUGUCUUCAGUCUUUUUCAACGUCUUCUUUUGUUUGUUAUAUGUAAAGAUAUACAAAACUUUGUAUGUGACAACACCACAGAGCCAAAAGGUGGUUAUCGACAGCUUUAAACCAUCAGCUGAAAGCAUUUAUUAGCUGCAAAGCAUUUUUGUGUGAAGGCUAAGUGAAGCCAAAAUAUCGCCUGAGUGAUUAUGAAAGGGAAGGGAGGGUCACAAAACAAAUCAGAUGGGGUGUCUGAACAGUCACUCCGCAAAACAAAACCUUUUUUGUUUACUUUUAUGUUCUUUUCUUUGGUAAUUUUUCAUAUUUCUAUACUAGUGCUAAAUGGAUUAUUAAAACUGAUGAUGAAUAUUAUGAUUAAAUUGUUGUUAUUAUUCCUAUUGAAGAGCAAAAGGUUCUAUCGUGUAACUGUGGGUGAAGGGUGGGGGACGGUAAGGUGCUGGGAGGAAGGUGCAAUGAUGUUCUUCAGAGAGACUGCCCUGUUGUUCAAACCUAUAGACACAGAUUUCUUUUGGAAUAAAAAAAUAUUCAAACAGUC